CCAGCCACACCCAUCACACGACGCGCCUUUGUCCUGCAACGCCUGCCCGCAGGUGAUGCUUCGCGCGUUCGAUGUAUCUCUUUGUGCUCUCUCUCGACGAUCGCCUGCGCUUGGUCUCCGUUUCGCGUCCUGGAGGUCCAAGAAGCAUUCUAAGAAGACCGACGAUACACCACUCCCCGCGGACAUAGUCAAGGCCAUCGAGCGACUCAUUGGAGGCUCCACCGGGCGGAUAGCGGCCAUAUCGAAGCACCUUGCGCGUAACAGAUCCACUGCCGAUAUCCUUCUCCGGGAGCUGCAGAAGGCAACUCCCAAGAAGAAUGGUGGAAGCCAGGGCACGAAGAAAAAGAAGAGCACGGGAAACGCAUUCACGGAAUUUCUAGAGAAACAGAGCGCUGCCUCGCUUGUUGCGAAAUUAAAACGGGAGGAAGUAUCAGCUGAAAGCGAAAGCGAGGACGAUGCCAUCACAGCACCGAACCAGAAGACAAAGGAAAAACUGCCCUUCUACAUGCGUCAUACAGAGGGCAUGCUGUCUGACCUUGAGGGCAGUGCACUGGAAGACGUUGCGCCUCUCUCAUUGAACACCAUCCCUAAGCUGACGCAUGGUCUCAAUCGGGUCCUCACCAGUUCCGGAGUACAGUGGCUGCAAGAACCCCGGUCGCAGUUUUAUAACUACCCCACAUGGCUGAAGAGCAUUCCUGAUGUUGAUAAAUUCGCAUUUGAGCGUGUUGAGGGCUUUGUGACCAGUUCUUCCGAUGAAGACCUGCUACGUAACGCGCGGGGACAUGGAUGUUCGUUUGCAGGCUCGACAUCAUCUCUAACCGGAAUGCUGAGUCAGAUCUACCUCCUACUUUCUGGAGAAAAGCCUAUCGAUACCAGCGCGCUGAGCGGUUCAUUCCAGAAAGAGCCCAAAAACUUCACUCCGGGCCAGCGCAUGCCUGUCUCUGUCAGUUUGAGUUAUCGUGAUGGUGUGUACGCGACCGAUUCCGAUGCGGCACGUCUCGGAAAGAGCGAGACGAUCCUUUCCCAGCUCGGUAUUCUGCUCGAGAAGUUCUUUACGACGCCGUUGGAAGAAUUCAACAAAACACUCAUGAGAGGCACUCCAGUACCCCUCCCUCUCGACCACGCUGCUCAGAAGACGGCCUACCGCUACGCCAAAUACGGUAAAUUCAUGAUGCGAGCGCAGCUUGAUUGCCAUUACCCGCAUCUGCCAGGGACGGGUGUCUUCGACAUCAAAACACGCGCUGCGAUGCCUAUCCGGUAUGACUUGCAGAAUUGGCGGGUUUAUGCAGAUUAUCAGAUUCGCACUGUUCAGGGCGCAAGAGAAAGUUUCGAGAAGGAGUACUAUGACCUCAUACGUUCGGCUUUUCUCAAGUACAGCUUCCAGGCACGCAUAGGCAAUAUGGAUGGUGUCUUCGUCGCAUACCAUAACACGGCAGAGAUCUUCGGCUUCCAGUAUAUUCCUCUCGAGGAGAUGGACAUGCGCCUAUUCGGCCACACUGAGGGCGCACGCGUCUUCAUCAAGUGCGUUGGCCUGCUAAACAAGAUUUUCGAAGAGAUUGUGCUCUACUUCCCGGAGAAAUCCAUAAACUGCACAUGGGAGACUCAAGAAUCCGGCCAUAUGAUGCACAUCUGGAUCGAGCCAAGGAUCUGGGAGGGCGACGAUAAGCCAGUGAUGCAGCUCGACGUCAAGGUCAUCAACUAUCUUGACAUGGAGAAGGUUUCAGGGUCCGCAGCGGUUGAGUCCACCGACCGGACAUGGACGGUCGGCUAUUCGAUCACCAAGUCGUCGCUUUCGCAGAACGAGGUUCGCGCCAAGCGCCGUGCCGCUUUCGACCGGCAGCUGCUCAUAUACAAAUAUGGGCUUAAUUUGAACGAGAGAGUCGAGCAUAGUCAAGAUAUCGAUCUGGCCCAUAUUGACCCUUUGGCCAAUGCUCCCAGGAUCAGAAAGCAUUCUCACAAUGACUUCAUAGAGGAAGAGGAGCACGAAGAGCAGCUUCAUUCAGCUCCAGAGACUCCAGAGCCUCAAGAGCCUUCCACCAUGACUCCUAUUGCGACAGUUGCGGAAGAACAUCCUGCAAUAUGGGGCGACAUAUGGGGCAAUUAUUCUGCACGGGUGACAGAUAACGUCACGGAGAGCUCACAUUCCGAAGACAGUCAAGUCUUUACCGACUAUGUGGCCGAUGAGCCAUCCCCGGCAGCCCUUGGACUUCAUAACUCUGUCAAUAACGACGGGAAUUCCGAUGCUGCAACGUUACAUGCCGACAGGGAGCAUUCUGCCAUAUGGGGCGGAAUAUGGGGGUAUAUGUCAGAGGGCUUCGCGGACCACCGGGACCAGUCACAAAGUAGCGACUUGGCUGACGUCUAG